UCCCUCCCUCCUCAGCCCUCUCUCUCACUGCACUCCUUGCAACUUUUGCAAACUAGUCUAAUGCAGAAGCAUUUAUCACAGACCGGACUCUUUAUCCCUACACAAGUCCUGGAAUUCACCAGUGACCACGGCUUGCUGUUUUUCCUAUCUGCUGAAUAAGGAUCUGGGACUCAGAGUGGAGCUUUUGUGCUGCUUUAAAAAAAUGAUUUCUCUUAGCAAGAAAGGCUCCUGUUCAUCUCAGCUCUGUCUUGCUCUCUGUGCCUUUGGGCUAGCACUGCUUGAGGAUUUAUCCCAGGCUUUGCCUGUGGAGGAUCAGGAUUAUUACCUGCAGGAGAUUAUAAACAGGGAUCAUUAUUAUUCCUAUCCAGGUCCCGAUGAGGAAUUUUCCCCUUUCACAGAGCAACCUGGACAGGAAGAAACAACCCCCGUUGCAGAGGCAGAGGAGCCCCCAAGGUUCAGAUCGGCCAAGAAAGAGUUAAAACAGAAGAAAGGCAACAAAAAAGAAAAAUCCAUUCUCGAGAUUCCACCAGCUAAAAAUGGCAACAAGAAAGGUGAGAAAAACAAGAAAGGGAAUGAGAAGAUGCCAGAUGGUGACUAUGAAAGUCGAAGGGCCUACAAAGACGUUAGAGAAAGUUGCCCACCACUUGGUCUAGAGACUUUAAAAAUUACUGAUUUCCAGCUCCAUGCUUCUACAGUAAAGCGAUACGGCCUUGGGGCCCACAGAGGAAGGCUUAAUAUUCAGGCAGGUGUUAAUGAAAAUGAUUUUUAUGAUGGUGCUUGGUGUGCAGGACGAAAUGACCCAUACCAGUGGAUUGAAGUAGAUGCUCGAAGGCUAACAAAAUUCACUGGCAUUAUCACACAAGGGAGGAACUCUCUCUGGUUGAGUGACUGGGUGACAUCUUAUAAAGUAAUGGUGAGCAAUGACAGUCAUGCAUGGAUCACUGUCAAAAAUGGAUCUGGAGAUAUGAUUUUUGAAGGAAACAGCGAGAAAGAGAUUCCGGUACUCAAUGAACUGCCAGUACCAAUUGUUGCACGUUAUAUCCGUAUAAACCCUCGGUCAUGGUACGAAGAAGGGAGCAUCUGUAUGAGACUGGAAAUCUUAGGCUGCCCCCUGCCAGACCCAAAUAAUUAUUAUCACAGAAGAAAUGAAAUGACAACCACAGAUGAUCUUGAUUUUAAACACCACAACUACAAAGAAAUGAGACAGUUGAUGAAAGUUGUGAAUGAAAUGUGUCCGAAUAUCACGAGAAUUUACAACAUUGGAAAAAGCCACCAAGGACUAAAGCUGUAUGCUGUCGAGAUCUCAGACAACCCAGGAGAACACGAAGUUGGUGAGCCAGAAUUUCGCUACAUCGCGGGGGCUCAUGGUAAUGAGGUGCUUGGACGUGAACUAAUGCUUUUGUUAAUGCAAUUUAUGUGCCAGGAAUAUCUGGCUGGGAACCCACGCAUUACACACCUCAUUGAGGACACCAGAAUUCAUCUCCUUCCUUCAGUCAACCCAGAUGGAUAUGAGAUGGCAUAUGAAGUGGGUUCGGAAUUAGGAGGCUGGUCCUUAGGAAGAUGGACUCAGGAUGGCAUUGACAUCAACAAUAAUUUCCCUGAUUUAAAUACCAUGCUUUGGGAAGCUGAAGAUAGGAAAAGAUUUCAGAGAAAAGUCCCAAAUCAUCAUAUUCCAAUUCCAGAAUGGUACCUUUCUGAAAAUGCUACAGUGGCAGUUGAGACUCGAGCAGUGAUAGCAUGGAUGGAAAAAAAUCCAUUUGUACUGGGUGGCAAUUUACAAGGAGGAGAACUGGUUGUUGCAUAUCCAUAUGAUAUGGUCAGGUCUACAUGGAAAACUCAGGAGCACACACCUACCCCUGAUGACCAUGUAUUUCGGUGGUUGGCAUAUUCAUAUGCCUCCACUCACCGACUAAUGACAGAUGCCAGAAGGAGAGUAUGUCAUACAGAGGAUUUCCAGAAGGAAGAUGGGACUAUUAAUGGGGCCUCAUGGCAUACAGUUGCAGGAAGUAUAAAUGAUUUUAGUUACCUGCACACAAACUGCUUUGAGCUAUCCAUCUAUGUGGGCUGUGACAAAUAUCCUCAUGAAAGCGAGUUACCUGAAGAAUGGGAAAAUAACCGUGAAUCCCUGAUUGUUUUUAUGGAACAGGUUCAUCGGGGCAUCAAAGGCAUGGUAAGGGAUUUAUCUGGAAAAGGAAUUCCAAAUGCCAUUAUUUCAGUAGAGGGUGUAAACCAUGACAUUCGCACAGCGAGUGAUGGGGAUUACUGGCGUCUCCUGAACCCAGGAGAAUAUGUGGUCACUGCAAAAGCGGAGGGCUAUACCUCUUCCACCAAGAACUGUGCAGUAGGUUAUGACAUGGGAGCCACUCAGUGCGACUUCACAAUCAGCAAAACCAACCUCGCACGCAUCAAAGAAAUCAUGGAGAAAUUUGGAAAGCAGCCCAUUAGUCUGUCAAUCCGACGGCGCAGGCAGAGGGCUAGGCAGAGGCGCCAGCGAAGAUAGACUACUUGCUCCAUUGUAACAUAUGGCGUUUACAAGCUCUGCUAAAAUCAAAACCAGUUAUAGUAGUAAAAGAUACGUAGCCAAUAUUAAUAUGUUUUUGUCUAAUCAAGGAGUUCUAAUUAGUAUAUUUGUAUUGAAGAAUCUCUUGAGCUUCCAGAACCUUUUCUCCUCUGAGGUUUUAGGGCUACAGUUCUUGUUCCCUGUACACAAUCCAGCUAAAUGGGCAUUGGGUGGGGGGCCUAUGCAGGGUGAUGGAAUGGAAUCCUCCCCUCUGCUGUGCCAACAUCACAGUGCCACUGGUUUUCAGGUGUUGCUAUGCUGUGGGCACCAGAUUUGUGCCUUACUGACUAAAGUAUCAAAACUGCACAGAAAGGUAGGAUGGAUUUUCAAGAAUAAUCCACAUCAACUUGCAGGGAGAAUAAACUAGAGAAAUACAGGACAGCUCCUUAGCUGGUAUAAAGCAGCUGCAAAGUUGCUAUGUUGAUUUACACUAGAGGAGGGCCUGGCCCUACAUUUUUCGUUUCCUGUCAAAAUUCUAAGAAGAAACAUAACAUCCCUCGUAUACUUGGUAGCAAGAAUGCAAGUACAAUUCUGCUAAUACCAUGAUUAUUACUGUUAGAGCUUUGCCUUACUCAAUACAGUCUUAUGAUUCCUGAAAAAGAUGAUCACCAACGUAUCAUUCAGAACUGAAGAAAAUAAACUUCAGAUAGAAAAAUCUUUGGUGAAAAUACAUGUCUGCUAUAUUUAAUUUAUUUCUUCUUGUCAGCAACUAAUCUUGUACAUGGAGAAAAGACAGACAAAUGGUUGCAGAAUCAAUAAUAUACACUAAAAGCAAUCAUCAACCCUUGCAUAAUAACUAGUUUUAGUCCAUCCUAUGGAAGCUAUACCAGACUUACUUGUUCUGUAAAUAUCAUUAAACAACAAUGCUGCCACAGCUGGGUCCCAAGGAAAUAGCAGGACUCUCAUUAAAUUCUGUAUUAUUGAGACGGUUGCAUUAUUUAUUAAGAGCAUGAGUUUCUCUCUUUUAUAUUACUGAAGUAUCCAGGAUCAAGGCUUCUUAAAUUCCACUCCAAGGUGCAUUUAAAUUGGGUAAAGUCCCUGGAUAUUUCAGUUUUCUGGUGCAAAUCUUGGUGCACUUUCAUUUAAAUUUAAAAAAGCAGAGGCUUUCAAUAAAUUGAACAUGAGGUUAGACUAGAUGAUCACA